AUGGAGGAGAAUCAUAGAAAGGCAAUGGAGGAGAUUAUGAGAGGGUGUGAGUUUGCUAACCAGCUCCAACAAUUACUGCUUAAUAAUAAUAAUACUAAUGAUUUGACACCAACAACUUCAUUUGUUCAAUAUCUUGUCAACAACAUCAUCAAUUCCUUUAGCAAUGUUCUUUUUCUCAUAGACAAACAUGAUUUUUCCUCUAUUGCUCCCGGAGUUAGAUCAGUUGUCAACAUGGAAAAAAGUUGCAAAACUACUUCUUCUCCUACCAGAGGACCUUACAAAAGAAGAAACACUACACUGGAGAAGGUGACAGAAACUCCCAUAGAUGAUGAUGGUCAUCAAUGGAGAAAGUAUGGCCAGAAAAAUAUCAACAAUUCUCAAUACCCAAGGAACUACUACAGGUGUACUCACAAGUAUGAUCAAAGAUGCCUAACAACCAAACAGGUGGAGAGAAUUCAACAAAAACCUCCCUUAUAUAAAGCCACCUAUUAUGGCCACCACACUUGUGGUAACAUGCCCAACCAUCACAUCAUACAUGGCCCUAAUGACACUAAUUCCUCCAUAUUGCUUAGCUUUAACAACACAUUCUCAGUUCCAACAAACCAAGAAUCUUCAUCUUCCUCACAUGAUUUAGUGAAUAAGGACAUGUUCUCCACUCAUACAGCUUUUGAUAGUUCUAACUAUACAAGCCAUGUUCCUACUCUAUCAUCAACACUUGAAACUGAUCACAAGAGUAUGAUGCAGUAUGGUUUCUUGUAUGAUUUCGUGGAGUUUGAUGAUGACUUCUUUCUCCCUUUUGAUGGGUUUUGA